CUGAGUGGCUAUUCCACUUCUGCAGCAGCAGUGAAACGCCUUUACAGCUGAGUGGAUUUAAUCAGGCUCAGAUCUGAUCGGCAGACCCGGAUCAGAAUCCAGCAGAGCCACAUUUUGGAUUGAACCAGGCGUCCUCGCAGUAACUUGUGUGAAAGUGAGGAGUAGUGAGUUGGACACUCACCAGCGCGGUUCUCUGUCCCCCUCCCCGCCCCUCUCAGGGACUUAUCUCCCCAACAGGACGGGGGCCGGGUGUUUUUAAGGGAUACCGCUCAGGCUAAAACAAACACACCCUCCCCAGCAGCAUCCUGAGAAGUCUCAGUCACUUCCACUGAGAGGGAGCAACAGGUUGAGAAGGAAGGAGAGAGAAGCUCACCAUGCCGAGCAAAAGCCAGUAUCUGCGCCCCCGGCUCUGCACGCUGCACAAGGGGGACAACGGCUACGGCUUCCACCUCCACGGGGAGAAGGGGAAGACGGGCCAGUUCAUCCGCCUGGUGGAGCCCGACAGCCCGGCCGAGUCGUCGGGGCUCUGCGCCGGAGACCGGCUGGUGUUCGUGAACGGCGACGAAGUGGAGAGCGAGAGCCACCAGCAGGUCGUGUCCCGGAUACGAGCCACCGCGGGCCCGCUGGAGCUCAUAGUGGUGGACCCGGAGACGGAACAGUUGCUGAAGAAGCACAACUUAAAGUGUUUGAAGGAGUACGUCUCCGAGGGUCUCCCUUUACCUCUAGAGGAGGAGGAGGAGGAGGCGGAAGGCGAGGAGGUGGCGGUGGAAGAGGAGAAGGAGGCAGAGGAGGAGGAGGUAGCGGUGGAAAAAGAGGACACGGAGGCAGACGGGACAGAAAACGGGGAUGUGAAUGUGGCAGAGGUGGAAAAUGAGGAGGAGGUGGAGUUGGAGGUGGCUGAGCAGGAACAGAAACAGGAGGAGACACCCAGGGAGCUCACUCCGGUCCCGGUUGUACCGGACAGGAACGGAGAAGUCCAUCAACAGGUGGAGAAGAAGCUGAGCAUCAGCUCCGAGAAGAUGGCCUAAUGGAGCUGCGGCAGUUCACUUGAGUCUCGCACGCAAGCCUAGGGGAAGCGGCGUCGAGGCAAACAAUGGCGCUCCCCAACAAAGUCAUUUUCAAGCGUUGGGUUUUUAAUUCAGCAGCUUCCCAUCGCCUGAACCUAGCCACAAAAAAAGAGAGACCUUGAGUAAAUAAUGUUGAGCGGCAAACCCAGUUGGGAAUUUUCUUGAUGAUUUUCCAUCGACAUCAGAGCUCAUCGUGGUGAAAAUUAGACUCUAGAGACGCCUUCAAGUCUCUGGUCUCUGCUUUGCAAGGGCACCUCGAGGCGUAUGUUGCGUUAACUCAACAGUUUCUGGAAUUUUCUUCCUGCAUCCUGUCUGGCAUUCCUGUGUCCAAGCAUUGUCGCUCAGCCAGUGACACACACACACUGACCGUAUACACUCCAGGCACACUACGCUGCGGUUCAGCGGUCGAACUCUGCUUGGAUGAUCUCACCUUUUUUUUUUUUUUUUUUUUUUUUUUUGCGGCCCGAACUUUGAAUGUACUCUCUGGAAGCUGAGGAGGCUAAGCUUUGCGGUUGCCACGGCAACGCCGGGUUGAGCGUGCGCGCUUGCAGGCCUUGUGAAAGUGUGCGCGAGGACGGAGGUAGGUGGAAGUGAGAACGUGUAAGAGAAAGGAGGUGUGAAAAGCAUGGAUGAGCAGCGAUUAAGGGUCAGAAACGUUCAGUUCGCCCCGGGAGAACAGAGCCCGCUAUCGUCACUGCAGAGCGGAAAAACAGACCAAAGCGCAUCGGCCGUUCCAAAGGUCAUUGCUCUGUUUACCACGCUGUAAAAUUUUUACUCUGUCAUCAGGCAGGAAAGUGCCUGGAGGAUGUAGCCUCCGCCAUUAAUAAAAAUAUUGGGCGUAAGGGUAAAAAUCAUAGAAAUUGGAACGCAAAAGUUGAAUCAUGUAGUCAAACACAAUAUCUCACUAUUUAAAUGCUUAAAAGCUAAGGAUACUUUAUAAAUGUUCAUUCCAAAUUUAUUUAUAUCAGCGCGUAUCUAGGCAACAAAAUAUUCUUGCAGCACAAGAAUAAAUGAUUGGUUACAAAAAUAAAACAUAAAGCCUCCCAGAAACUGAGAUAUUCUGAGCAGGGGGUCUUUGUUGGAUAAGAUCCAGGAAAUUAACGAUGUCAAAAAUAUGCUCUAAUUUACAUUUUAUUAUGAAAAGAUUUAGAUAGUCUAGAUAUCUUAAAGUGGCAGUUUAUGUUUUUGAAGUGGAGUUAUGUGGAGUAUUUAUCAGCAGUCAGUGUCUGACCUAUUUAGGAAAAACAUAAACAAUGUUGGAUUUAAUUUGAAGUCAGAACUUCAAUAUGUGUAUCACUAAACACUUAAUGUUGGUAUGUUCUAGAUAAAAGUUGCCUGUUGUUAAUGUUCGAAUAGAUUAAUUAAAUAAACAUGCUCACAAAACAUAAGGAUGUAAUUAAAUAAACAUCCUUAUACAGUAUCAUGGUUGCCUGUGGUUUAAUACUAAAAGUAGAUGUAAAUAAUGUUGCAAUAAAUAAUCUAUACCUGCAAGACACUGACAGUUUUUUUUCAAGGUAACCCCAUAUAAAUCAAAUCAGCUGGCGUUUCCCUUUAAAAACAAUGAAAAAGAGCAAUAUUCAUUGUUGAAGACCCUCAAUGGGGCCAAAAAGAGCAAAAUAAGAACCAGCAAACAUCAAAACUUUUACAUUGAAAUAGUACAUAUUUAGACCAAAUAAAAUCUUUUGAGGAUCCAGGCAUUCACAUUAGUCUGAGCUAGUACAAAGUAGGUCACGCUCACAUCUCUUAAUGCGAAAGUUAAUUUCUGAGAGAGCUUGAAUAUUGAAAAGAAAAACUUUCUUCAUUGACAACACUUUCAUUAACACACCUUUUUGACUAUUCUUGUGUAGUGUGGUGUAUUAUUGUGUAGCUUUUAAUACAAUGUUUACAAAGUCUUGUGUGCAGUACUAUUUUUUUCUUUCAGAAAAGCAGCUUCACAAAAACUGGUGGGAGUAAAUUUAGUUUGUUAUGUAACUUGGAGCUGAUAAGGCGGUUGUUGCGCCUACUGGGGUUAGAGAAACGAUUAACUAUGUCAUUAUAAGCAAAAUCAAUGAGUUUACGACUGCUGAAUCAUGUGUUUUCUUUCAGUCAUUAGUCACAGUAUUGGCAAAUAAAUAAUUGUCCAAAUGAGCAACAUUGUAUUUUAAAUUGUACAUUUGGACCAAACGUAGCCAUUUCUAAUAAAAACAGUGCCUGUGAUUCAGAUCGCAGAAACAGGGUGUGAUAUGUUAUUUUGGAAGCUCCCCUCUUCACCACUGGCUGCUUUCACAAGCUUGUCUUUAAACUGUAAUUACAGAAGAAGAAGAGCACUUGUGUCAGAUGAAAUUGGAUGUGCCGAGAUGAAAUCUCAAAAGCAGGGAGGCGUUUCUAAGUUUAUAUCUUUGUGCGCGUGUGUUUGGGAUUCUGCAGUCCUACACACCACACACACACACACACACACGAGGUAGAGUUUGUGUCGAAGUGCCCUCUGUUUGCCAUUUCUUCUCUCUAAUCUGAUUCCUAUAAAAGAUGCUUAUUAAAGAGCCUGGAACCGAUGUGUCACCAGUCACGCCUGACACAGUUUUAUUCUGACUUUAUUUGGAAACCCGUGCAGAACGGCUUGUUUUUUGCAAAAGACGCAGUGGUAAGAGGAGAUUUAGUUUAGAUUUUUUUGCCCAUAGCUUUACAUGGUCCUCAGAGAUUACAUUCACGUGACAUUUGGUAGGGUUGAGUUAGACAGUUGUGACUCAUGAGAAGAAUAUUUUAACCGUCAAAGCUUCCAAACACAUUUCCAAUUUCUUAAAGUUCUGUUUUUUCAAAACUAAGGAUCUUCAUCAAAGUGUUUUGCAAAAGUAUUCAUACGCCAUGGCAUUGUGUGUGUCUGAUUGGGAUUUUGUAUGAUAGACCAACACAGUGUAGCACAUCAUUGUCGAGUUAAAUAAAAACUUGCAUUGGUUGCAAAUUUUUUAA